UAAAUCCUCAGCUUUAUGUGCCUACAGCCCACCGGGCGUCCAACCCUACGGGAAAAACUGCGUAAUGUGGAGGUUUACACCGUUCGAAGCACUACUGGGGGCCCAAGACCACAACACCGACGUUACCCCGCCCCUCCACAGCGGCGGGGCCGGGCGGAACGCCGGGGCGCGGAACGCUCGGAGCAGCUCUCGUUCCCGGCCGGCCGCGCUGAGCGGACGCCGGGGCUGGGCGCGCCGCGCCGAGGGCGCCAUGUGGGGCCGCUUCCGCGGCUCCGGCCGCCUUCUGCUCCUCGCCGGGGCAGCGCGACACUGCGGGCGGCCUCACAGGUACCAGGGAGCGGGAGUCGGCUCAGCGUUACCGCGGGCAGGCGGUCUGCUCGCGCUUCAGCCUUGAGCUGGGCCUUAAGAACACGGAAACUCUUCAGCACUAGUAGUGUGCUGUCUACUACGAAAGAUGAAUCUACCACUUCCACAGACAGCACCACCAAAGUGGCAUCCAAGGAGGGUGCAGUAGAAACACCAAAGCAGAAAUUGCUAAAAAUUAUUGGUAAUAUGAAAGUAGAAGUGACUACCAAGAGGAAAUUUCAACAAUUAAAAGAACAGGACAUCAAAAAGCAAGCCACUAACAAGCUGGAAGGCCUGGACAGUGAAAGUAGCACGUUACAAAAUGCUACAGAAGAUGUUCAGCGAAGCAAGCCUUUAAAUCCAGAACUGGUGCAGGCCGCAUCUGCCGUUGCAUCUUCCUUCCCGCGCAGUAAGGAACAGGCAGAAUCAGAAUUGCUUGCACAACUUAGAAGACAUGAAGAAACCACAGAUAAACAGAGAAUGGGAGGAACUAUUAACAUACGCAAUGUUAUUUCGGAAAUGGCGGUUAAGAGGCAAUCCCCAGCUCAGAGAGGUGUGAGGAUAUCGAAUCGCAUCUCCUUGGAGAUGGAUGAGGAUGGUCAAAGAAUCAAGCCUGGAAGACCCUCAUCUCGCUCUUUUGACUCCGAAAGAAGUCUUAAAGCAGGAAGAAGGCUUAAUAUAUUCACUAAGGCUUCUCCAGAAAUGGAAAAUGCACUGAAAACAGUGUCUUCACCAACAAUUUGGGAUCUGGAAUUUGCGAAGGAGAUUGCAGCAGUAACUGAGCAGCCUCCCCGGAAUGGUUUUGAGGAGAUGAUCCAGUGGACAAAAGAAGGAAUACUGUGGGAGUUUCCAAUUGACAAUGAAGCAGGGAUGGAUGAUGGUGCUGAAUUUCAUGAACAUAUCUUUCUGGAGAAACACCUCAAAGACUUUCCCAAGCAAGGACCUAUUCGCCACUUCAUGGAACUAGUCAUCUGUGGGCUUUCAAAAAACCCAUACCUCAGUGUUAAGCAGAAGAUUGAACACAUUGAGUGGUUUCGGAAUUAUUUUGAGGAAAAGAAGGAAUUUCUUCAAGAGAUCUGAGACUUGGGAAAGUGCUUAACCUUGAAGUGAAGAAAAUGUGUAGUAGUCAUGUGAUCUGAAAGUUGCAUUUUAAAUAAUAAAGACCAUACUUUCAUGUGUGUAUGCCCAUGUAUGUGGAGAUCUCCUUUAGCAGCAAAAGAAGGAACUGAAAAGUCUGUAGAAUGUGCAUUUAAAUUUAACUUAUCAAAAUCAUUAUCCCUUAAACUUGAAACUAAUCUUUUGACCGUAGGAAAUAUUAAAUCUGAUUCCAGCUCCUACUUCCUUCA